AUGUCGGGUGUAGAGAUUUCGCUUUUGACUUCUUCUCUUUCAUUUCCUUUCUGCAACAAUAAAUGGUCACAAGUUCAGUGUCCUACUACAAGUCGAUCGCAAUUUGACGUUCCUCGGAUCAAGAGAAGAAGGAUCGGGAUCGUAAUGGCAUCAUCAUCAGCUUGCGUUCAAAAGCUACUAGAAUUAGGAACCAAGAUCGUGGCCGUUGGCCGUAACUACGCUGCUCACGCCAAAGAGCUAGGCAACGCCGUCCCCAAGGAACCGGUGUUGUUUAUGAAACCGACGUCGUCUUUUUUGGAGAACGGAGGUACAAUCGAGAUUCCGCAUCCGUUAGAGUCGUUGCAUCAUGAAGUGGAGCUUGCUGUUGUUAUUGGUCAGAAAGCCCGUGAUGUGCCUGAAUCAACUGCCAUGGAUUAUGUUGGAGGGUAUGCACUUGCAUUGGAUAUGACUGCUAGGGAAAUACAAGCCACUGCUAAGUCCGCAGGGCUUCCGUGGACUGUGGCUAAAGGGCAGGACACAUUCACACCUAUUAGUUCUGUUGUAAGAGAUGAAUUGGACUCUCUUUCCAAGUCAAAUGUGCCUGACCCUGACAACUUGGAAUUGUGGUUAAAGGUAGAUGGAGAAAUACGGCAGAAAGGUUCCACCAAGGAUAUGAUGUUUAAAAUCCCAUUUCUCAUUAGCCACAUUAGUUCUAUCAUGACACUCUUUGAAGGAGAUGUUAUAUUAACAGGCACUCCACAAGGUGUCGGUCCUGUAAAAAUAGGUCAAAAAAUUACAGCUGGUAUAACAGAUCUUAUUGAUGUGCACUUCAACCUUGAGAAACGUAAAAGGCCAGGAAGUUGUUGA